AGCAUUUCUGCUCGGGGCCGUGCAACGCCGGUGCCAUGGAAGGCUACUACUCGAGGUUCGACAGCUCGGAUCUGGAAAAAGCUCUGUCCGAAGACCUGGCUGGGCACAGUACGCAGGGAGCGCAUGGAUUGAAUUAUCACCAUGGACCGCCUGGGGAUGAAGGGCAGACCUUCUUCAUGCCCUGCAAGUCCAUCAUGGGUCAAGGUGCCAUGAAGGGUGCGGUGAGUCAAAUCAAGGCCUUAGGUCACAAGAAGGCUUUGAUCGUCACCGAUGCAGUCCUGGUGAAAGUGGGUGCCGUGAAGGCGCUCACGGAGACCUUGGAUCAAUCGGGCAUCGCAUAUGCCAUCUACGAUGGCUGUGAACCAAACCCAACAUGUGGACAGGUUGAGGCUGGAUUGAAGAAGAUCAAGGAGGAGCACUGUGACUUCGUGAUUUCUUUCGGCGGUGGUUCCCCGCAUGAUUGUGCCAAGGCCAUUGCUUUGACGGCCACCAAUGGUGGGGACAUUCGUCAAAUGGAGGGCGUGGAUAAGAGCACGAAACCGAUGAUGACUAUGGUGGCAGUCAACACCACCGCCGGGACGGGUGCUGAGAUGACGCGCUUUUGCAUCAUCACCGAUGAGACGCGUCACGUGAAGAUGGCCAUUGUGGAUUGGCGCGUGACUCCAACCUUGGCCGUGAAUGACCCCAAAACAAUGAUUGGCAUGCCGAAAUCCUUGACAGCGGCCACCGGAAUGGACGCCCUGACCCAUGCCAUCGAAGCUUAUGUCUCCACUGCCAGUAACCCGGUGACCGAUGCCUGCGCCAUUCGGGCCAUGAAGUUGAUCAGUUCCUAUUUGCCGACGGCAGUGGAGGAUGGGAAGAAUGUCAAGGCCCGCGACAUGAUGGCGUACGCGGAGUUCCUGGCUGGCAUGGCGUUCAAUUCUGCCGGUCUUGGCUAUGUGCAUGCCAUGGCACAUCAGCUUGGAGGAAUGUACAACUUGCCUCAUGGGGUGUGUAACGCCAUCUUGCUUGGACCGGUGGAGAAGUACAAUGCAAAGUAUGUUCCAGAGCUCUUCAUAGACAUUGCUGCUGCUUUGGGCUUCCAGUGUGGUGAGGAUAAAGAUCUCGCUGUGACCAAGGUGUUGGAGUGUAUCAAGCUGCUGAAGAACAGAAUCGGCAUCCCGAAAAACCUGAAAGCCUUUUCUCAGGUGAAGGUGGAGGAUUUCCCACGGCUGGCUGAGAACGCCAUGAAAGAUGCCUGCGGAGCCACCAAUCCCCACCAGCCCAACAAGGAAGAAGUGAUUCAGUUGUUCCAAGAUGCCUAUGAUCAGGAGGAUGAAGAGUCCAUUGAGGUGGCCAAUUUGCAGCAACAAUUAGCCGCCGCCGCAGCCCGCUGCAAAGAUUCAGCGUUGCUCAAGAAAGCCAUGGACCAACUUCUAAGCUGAGCUACGGCGCCGCGUGCGCCUAUAAGGGGCCAUGUUUCGGCCCUCAGUGCUAUGCUGCUAUUUGAAUGUUAUCAAAUGGCCUCUAUAUAUUUUCCACUUUUUCCGGGUUCUGUACCAAUGGAGUUGGAAUCCGGUGUACAGUGAAAAGUCUGGAUAUCCUCUGGCCACUUUUGUCUGCCGAUUCGUAGCCGCGUUGCCGUUUUCCAUGGCUGCGAGUUCCGCUGGGUCUGGGGAAUGCCUGCGAGGGGUAAGUUUCGGAUGUUUCGGUCACGCGAUGUGUGCCAUCACAAGUUCCAGCGACAGCAGAGAAAGUGAACAGCAGAGAAAGUCAC